CUGCUGUCCACUAAAAUGGGUCUGAAAGUCACGUGGGACCCACCCAAAGAUGCCACCGGUAGACCCGUGGAGCAUUACAACAUUGCCUAUGGGGAGUCACUGAAAAGUCUUAAGUACAUCAAGGUGAAUGCGGAGACAUGCUCCUUCCUUAUUGAGGAUGUGGAGCCGGGGGUAGUGUACUUUGUGCUGGUUACUGCAGAAAACCACAGUGGAGUGAGCCGUCCUGUUUACAGAGCUGAAAGCCCACCCGGAGGUGAAUGGAUCAAGAUUGAUGAUUUUCCCAUUAAGGGUCCAGGACCGUUUAAUGAGACCGGCACAGAAAAGGAAGUGCCCAACAAGCCCUUGCGCAUGCGAGUCCGGUCUUCCGACGACAAGCUGUCCGUGGCGUGGAAGGCACCCCGCCUGUCUGGAGCCAAGAGUCCACGCAGGUCACGAGGGUUUCUUCUGGGCUAUGGAGAAAGUGGCCGGAAGAUGAAUUACGUUCCACUCACCAGAGAUGAGCGGACACACGAGAUUAAAAAGCUAGCCUCAGAGUCGGUGUAUGUGGUCUCCCUGCAGUCCAUGAACUCCCAGGGGCAGAGCCAGCCGGUCUAUAGGGCUGCCCUCACGAAACGCAAGAUUUCAGAAGAGGAUGAACUGGAUGUACCCAAAGACAUCACUGUACGUGUUAUGUCCUCUCAGUCUGUGCUGGUGGCCUGGGUGGAUCCAAUUUUGGAAAAGCAGAAGAAAGCUGCUGCAUCCAGACAGUACACUGUGCGCUAUCGAGAAAAGGGGGAGUCAGCCAGGUGGGACUACAAGCAAAUCGCCCACCGACGCGUGUUGGUAGAAAACCUGAUUCCAGACACCGUGUAUGAGUUUGCAGUCCGUAUUUCACAGGGGGAAAGAGACGGCAAGUGGAGCACCUCCGUCUUUCAAAGAACGCCAGAAUCUGCUCCCACCACAGCUCCUGAAAACUUGAACGUCUGGCCAGUCAGUGGCAAGCCUACAGUGGUCACGGCGUCCUGGGACCCACUGCCUGAGACAGAGGGCAGAGUGAAAGAAUACAUUCUUUCCUACGCCCCGGCUCUCAAACCAUUUGGAGCAAAGUCUCUCACCUACCCCGGACACACUACUUCUGCCCUGGUGGAUGGUCUGCAGCCUGGGGAACGCUAUCUGUUCAAAAUCCGGGCUACAAACAGGAGAGGUCCCGGGCCACACUCCAAAGCCUUCAUUGUCGCUAUUCCAACAACCAGUACCAGCAAGUCCGACGACCGGCAGGGCGGGGACGACGCCCGGACGCGGGGGAGACCACGGCCUUCGCCGCUUGCCCCCCGCGCCCCGGCCUCGGCGGAGCGCGCGCCUCCUCCCCCGGCCUCCACCGCAAGCAGGAGCGCCAAGGACGCCCUCCUCGACCUGAAGAACAGGAUCCUGGCCACCGGCGGCGGCGGGCCCAGGAAGCCCCAGCCUCACCCCGAGAACACCCGGGAGGCGGGCCUUCAGUCCACGCACGUCACGGAGGCCGAGGAGCGGGAUUCCCUGGAGGACCCACGCCCCUACCCCUCGGAGACCCGAGACCAGCAGCGCACCCCGCGGCCCCCAGGCCGCUCCUGGAUCCCGGCUCGGCCUCCGGCCAGGACCCGACCGCCGGUGCUGCCCCGAAAGGAAGGCGCGGGCACGCGGGGCCCCUCCGCGGCCUCCCCCCCUGCCGAGGCCCCUCGGGCCCCCCAGGAUCCCUCUCCGCACCCCAGCGCGACAGACCGCGACGGGGAGAGGAGGCUGGCCCCCGGCCGGCUCCCCGAAAGGCCGCCCCACCUGCCACCUCCGUCGGCGCCCCUACGCCCGCGCCCCUCGGUCCACGCCCCUCGGUCCACGCACGAGGACGCAGGCCGGUCACUGUCCCAGCCCGAGCUCUCGCUGGCCCACGCCAGGCGCCCCGCUCCCCGGGGCCGGGGCCGGGGCCUGGGCCUGGGCCGGGACUCCUCCGGGAGCAGCUCCGAGGACAGCAGCACGGAAGAGGAGGCCACAGAUGUGGGCUCCAUGGACGCCCUUGGGGCCCGGCCCAAGCCCCGCCCGGGCGCCCUUGUCCCUGGGCAGCGCCCCGCGCUGUCCAUAUCCCCGCAUUCGGUCUCCACCGCUGAGGACGAGGGCCGCGACGGGCCGAGGAAGGGAGGAAGGGCGAGCGCCCCGCGCGCGCCCGGGGAUGGCGAGGCGGGUCCCGCGCACCAAGAGGAGGAUGGCCCUCGGGGAGAGCGACCCCCUCCUGCAGGCAGCCCCCCGAGGGCCUCACCCCCGGCCCGCGCCCCUGCCACCCCCGGCCCCCCGCCAGGCCCGCGAUCCUGGCCGCAGCACACCACGCGCGCCCCAGCCAGCUUCUCGUCCACCACGCCCAUGCUGUCGCUGCGCCAGCGGAUGCAGCGCCGGUUCCGGACGCCGGUGGCACGCGCGCCCGCCAGGCUCACCCACGCGCAAGGUUAUAAUGGCAGACCAAAUAUGGAAGAAAAUGUGUCUUCUGGCAGUAAUGGGAAACAGAAUGGACAAAGAAUUAUCAACGGCCCUCAUGGAACCAAGUGGGUGGUGGAUCUCGAUCGUGGGCUGGUAUUGAAUGCAGAAGGUAGAUACCUCCAAGAUUCACACGGCAAUCCCCUUCGGGUCAGACUGGGAGGAGAUGGCCGCACUAUCGUAGAUCUGGGAGGAACUCCUGUGGUGAGUCCCGAGGGUCUGCCCCUCUUUGGGCAGGGACGACAUGGCAAACCCCUGGCCAGUGCCCAGGAGAAGCCCAUCCUGAGCCUUGGAGGGAAGCCCCUGGUGGGCUUGGAGGUCAUCAGAACGACCACCCAUCCUCCCACCACAACCAUGAGGCCUACCACCGCCACAACCACGAGGCCUACCACCGCCACAACCACGAGGCCUACCACCUCCACGACCCCCACGGUGGCUACCACUACCACCACGAUGGCUGCCACCACCACCCGAAGGCCCACAGCUGCCACUCGCCGCGUGGCCACCACCCGCCGUACCACCACCACCCUGCGCCCGACAGCCACACUCCGGACCACCACUCGGACCACCACCACCACCACGGCCACCACCCCUGCGCCUCCCACUCCCACCCCUACCUGUCCCCCCGGGACCCUGGAGCAGCACGAUGACCACGGCAACUUGAUACUAGACUCACAUGGGAUCCCCGAGUGCUACCCCGAAGAGGAUGACUUCUCAGGCCUGGAGACAGACAUAACACCGACAGAAGAGGCUUAUGUUGUAUAUGAUGAAGAUUAUGAAUUUGAGACCACACGGCCACCAGCACCAGCCACCACCAUGCCCGCCACCACACCGCAGGUCAUCCAGGAGGAAGGCACCAUCAGCUCCUUCCCUGAGGAAGAAUUUGAUCUGGCAGGAAAGAAGCGGUUUGUUGCUCCAUAUGUGACGUACCUAAGUAAAGAUCCCUCGGCCCCCUGCUCUCUGACGGAUGCUCUGGAUCAUUUCCAAGUGGAGAGCCUGCAUGAAAUCAUUCCCAAUGAUCUGAGGAAGAACGACUUGCCUCCCCAGACAGCUCCUCGCAACAUCACUGUGGUCGCCAUGGAAGGCUGCCACUCGUUUGUCAUUGUAGACUGGGACAAAGCCACCCCUGGGGAUGUGGUCACAGGGUACCUGGUCUACAGUGCAUCCUAUGAAGACUUCAUUAGAAACAAGUGGUCCACUCAAACUUCAUCGGUCACCCAUUUGCCCAUUGAGAACCUGAAGCCAAACACAAGAUAUUACUUUAAAGUUCAAGCCAAAAAUCCUCAUGGCUAUGGACCAGUCAGUCCUUCGGUCUCAUUCGUUACUGAAUCAGACAAUCCUCUGCUCGUAGUGAGGCCCCCAGGUGGUGAGCCCAUCUGGAUUCCAUUUGCUUUCAAACACGACCCUGGCUACACAGACUGCCACGGUCGGCAAUAUGUGAAACGGACGUGGUAUAAAAAGUUUGUGGGAGUCGUUCUUUGCAAUUCACUGAGAUAUAAGAUCUACCUCAGUGACAACUUGAAAGACACAUUCUACAGCAUUGGAGAUAGCUGGGGAAGAGGGGAAGACCACUGCCAGUUUGUGGAUUCACACCUUGAUGGAAGAACAGGGCCUCAGUCCUAUAUAGAAGCGCUCCCUACCAUCCAAGGAUACUAUCGCCAGUAUCGCCAGGAGCCCGUCAGCUUUGGCCACAUUGGUUUUGGAACCCCCUACUACUACGUGGGCUGGUAUGAGUGUGGGGUCUCCAUCCCAGGAAAGUGGUGACCACAGGACUGUCCACUGCAAGUUCGCCCACACAGCCAUGUUGACUAUUUUGCACUUGGAGCCGUGAGCAGGGGAAAGACAGUGUCCCCAGCCCUGCUGGCCCCCAUCUCAGGAGUCCAUCCCACAGGUGCACUCUGGACAUCGCGGACAUCUUCAGCCUAGAGCUCAGUCCCACUUGGUCUGGACUACAAACAAGAUUCAGUUUUGCUGAGACAUUGCUUUUCCACAGUUUUUUCCCUACAGUUCUUUUUGUCUGUUUGUUUGCAACCGCAUACUCUAGAGCCAUCUUACACCGGCUGCUGAUCCUGUGUGAAGACCAGAGUCUAGACACAGAAUUCCGACACUCCAGCAUCUUCAAGGAGCAGGAUGAGCAUGCAAGGCUUGCUUUAUUGAGCACUGUCUAUUUUUCUCAUUUUCAACUCCAAAAUCAGCUGAACUUGAGCUUCAAUUUCAAACUCAAUCUUGGUAUGCAGUGGAAUUACUGAAAACAUCGUCAAAGACACUAUAG